AUGAGCUCAGUUAUAGAAAGCAAAGAUUGCAGCGAUGAUGUGCAUCGAACAGCAGAAGAAAAAUUCCGCAGCUCGAUAGAAGGAUUUCUUAUCAACUACAUCAAAGAAGAAGGCCCAAAGACGCUUGAUGAGCUAACCCGAUAUACAACAGAAAAACUAGAUUCUCUCCGAAACCCAAAAGGCGGGAAAUAUAAAAAAGACGUAGCAACGCUGAUGCAGACUGCUCUGUCCAAAAAGAAAGCAUUUUCAAAAAAUCAAGAAGGCCAAUGAACACUCAAUGUAAGGUUAAAAUAGGGUGACUCAGCUUUUACAUAUGAAAUUGAACAAAUAAGACUCAUAUCUGAAAAUAUAAAGGAGAGAAAGGAAAAGCACCAAAGUGUCAUGGAUCUUUUGAGCUCAGACACAACUGUCAAUUUGUUCGAGAAGACGGUAGAGCAAGACAUCACUGAAACUCUCAGAGAGCUGGAUAUGAUUUUUGGAGCGGAGGUUGGAGGCCAGAGGCAGCACCUUACUGCUGUUAUAGAAGAGCAUCUUGAUUCUCUGGAUGACCGGCAUGAAAUAAUUUAA